GUUCACUUAGAUGCCCGCCACAUCGAAAUUUUGAAGUUACGCUUUUAGUUUUGACUUUUCAUCAUGUGCAAAUCAUCACUGUCCGUGCCCGUAAUGCGUUGUGAGAAGCUGGUUAUGAUUCACUGUUCAGUAACUGGCACAAUACGCGGUUCUCUAUUGUGUGGCUCACGUGGCCCUCAGAGGCAGGGUGUGUGUUGCCGGGGUGACAGCCUGACAGCCUUCAGUAGGUGCUCGCACGCUACCUCCCUGCCUGCUUCUGUCAUCACCACUGCUGUGGCUGGUGAAAUGACACAUGGGCAGUCAUUACAGUGUAAUAUCACCUUUACAAGAGUGGCAGGAAGAAUCCAGGCGCGUGGCGAUGCUCUCUUGUCUCCCCAGCAGCUGCAACAGCAGCAGCUUCCCUCUCCAACACAAGCACGGACAAGGCUGCUCAUAAACACCCCCUGAUGGCUGCGUGAGGGCCCAAGACACCCACUGCGGCACCACGCCCUCAGGCUGUAAGCAACAAUUUGCAAGUUGACAAGUGAGUCACAUCUGAUGACAACCUGGUGUGUCAUCAAAGAAGAUUUGCUGAUAUUCUGAGUACAUGAAAUUGAGAUGAUUAAGAAACUUCAGAGGUUGACUACACUUUCUUGUGAAGGAGGAAGAUACUAAAAUACUUGGUGUACCAGUUCAUUAGCCAGUUCAUCAUAAUAGUAUUCCACAAUGGAUGAUGAUCCUCUACUUACAGAGGAGAGUGAUGAGGAGUUCAGAAAAAUGGAGAAUGACAUUGAUCAGUUUCUCUCAAGUAUAAGAGAAAAUGUAUCAAAAACUGACCUACAAAGUGAAGCUACUUGCUCCAAAGAUGUCAAUGAUUAUGAUUCCAUUAGCAGUGAUGACUUGGAAAAUCAUAGUAGUUAUAAUUCAGUGCAUUCAGUGAAUAAUGAGCAAGGUCUCUCAAGUCAGCCAAGAAAAUUUAAUCACAACUCUUCCUCAAAUAAGAAGAAACAAGGAUGGAAACAGAAGAAACAGGGAUGGAGACAAAAGAAAUGGAAGGGCCGUGGUGGAGUUCAAAAGCAGUGGAGGAGCAACUCUCAAGAGGAACAGCAUGGCAUAAGAGGAAGACAAUUCAGACAAAGAGAACUGUCAAGGUCAGGGGAUGAAUAUGACCAAUACAGGGGACAAUCAUCAAAUAAGAGAUAUAGUCACCACCCUCAGGAUUCUUUCUCUCCCAGGGAGGAAGACGAAUAUCGGUGGUCCCUUUCUCCAAGAGGGAGGGAUGAAAUUGACCAAGAGAGGAGUCCCAGAAGAAAUGUGUAUCGCCAUGAAAGAAGUACACUCUCGAGAGGAAGAGAUGAGUAUUUUGAAGGAGCAAGUCUUUCUCCUCAGGAAAGAGGUAAUCGUCAAGAAGAGAGGAAAGGAAGGUAUGGACAUAAGAGGAGGAGAUUUUCACCUGAGGGAAUAGAACAUGAGCAUUCUCAGGACAGUGUUAUUUUUGAUGAGAAUUUUACCCACUGCAGAACUUCAGGAUCAAGAUCAAGUGAAAUGGAGAGUAUAUAUCACAAAAUAUAUGCAGAGGAAAGUGACUCUCCUGGUUGUUGGUCUGAGGAUGAAGAAAAUUAUGAUUAUGGAGACCAACAUACCAACCCUCAUUGGAUACAUGAUGAUGAUGAUCCUUUCAUGGGAAAUGAUGAUGACUACAGCUCCUCGGCAGGAGCCAUAAACAAGGCCUCACUCGUCACUGCAUGCCUGGAGAGAAUAGUUGCUGCCAACCCUGAAAUAGUAGAAAAGUUUUCCAACGCUUGUAUGUCCUUACUAAAUAAAUCUGUGGGUACAACUUGUGAUAGUGAUUAUGAAUAUGAGGAAAGUUCAUGUGGUAGCUUUGCAGAUCUGUCAGGUAGGGUUUCUGCAAGGAGUUGGAGAAACAGCAGGUCACCCAGCUUCUCAAAGGGCUCAUUCAGUGGAACAUCAGGAUCCAGAAGUCACAGAGACAGACAUGAAGGCAGCUCACGAAGAAUUGUUGUGGAGUAUUCACAGUCCCCUAGUCCUGAGCGAGGUCACUCCUCUCGUUAUGAUCAGAAGAGACCUACUGCAGUAGCAUCACAGACACUGAGUACAAAGAGGAGAUCCUCCAUUAAUCAUCACAAAAGUGGCAGUGAAGAGGAUCCUAAAACUUCUGUCAUUCAUUCUAUCAAGAAAAUUCGAAAACAGUGUGAAGAAGAAAGUAACUCGAUUGUUCGUCGUGCUUUGUUGGCACUGUUAAAGGUACAUCAACGGGAGUGUGACAUGUACCUCAAGAAACCAGAAGCCCACCCAGACUAUAACAAAGAAUACAGAGUGUUUUUAGAUAAAAAAUCCAGGAGCAUUAUGGAUUUAGGAGGGAAUCCUAAUGACUACAAUUUUCAGGAGGACUGGAAGAAAUAUUGGCCAACACAACUAGCCAGACUUUUCAGACAGAGCUGGGAUACAAAGAUGCACAAAUGUACAUCCAUGUUAUUGAAAAAAGGGCAUCUUUCUAGGUCUUUGUCUACAUCAUCCAGAAAGGAGGUGACCAGUCAGCCUCAUGAUAAGAAACAAAAGAUAAGUAAACAUGCAAGUGAAAGAGUAAAUGCAGAAAAAAGUGAAAGGAGAUCUGAAGAAGUACAGAACCAAGAACAACAGGAAUUAGAAGCAAGCUCUGCAGCACAGUGCAAGGCAAAAAAAGAGGAAAUGGACACUGAAUUAUUAAGUAUUUUAAAAUUAUUAAAUCAUAUAAAGCAUAAAUUCAAGGAUUGUGAAGCCUCCUUUGAUUCAUUUUAUCAAAAAGCCUUGAGCUUCAAGCAGAAGAAUCUUGAUUUGAGUGGUAUUCUUCCUGGUAAUGUACCUCUUCUUGAAAAAAUUGAUACAAACUUGAAAGAAACUUUGGAGGAUGAAGACCUUACUUUAAUCCAGAAGGCUAUUAUUAAAGAAACUCAUGAGAGAUUUAAGUGCUUCUUGAAGAAGAGUAAAGAGAACAAUUCACAUGUGAUGAAAAACUGUGAUGACAGAAACCAAGUUGCUGAAGAUUUACAUCCCUCAGUUGUCACUUCACUUCACACCAAAAAAGUUAUCCCUGCAGCUUCUUGUUGUACAAGGACUCUCACAGAAGUCUCCAUUCAAAAGCCAAAAAGUCAGCAAGCCCUACCAACUAUGACACAAGAAAAACACUCUGACAUGACACAGCCACCUCCCCCUGGUGUUACCCCUCCACCCUCUGUGGUAACUCCACCACCCCCUGGUGUAACUCCACCACUUGGUGCAACUCCACCACUAUCUGGUGUAACCCCUCCACUCCACAGUGUAAGCCCUCCAUCCCCUGGUGUAACUCCUGUGUCAGUUACUGUAAAAACAUCACCAUCUGGUGUCAUAUCAACACCACUGUAUACUGUUACAUCAACACCCUCUGUUGCAGCUCUAUCUUUUAGUAUUGAAUGUGCCAAGUCACCUCAGCACAUCACACCAGCACCCUCUUGUAAUACAUCAGUACCUCUACAUAUCACACCACCUCCACCAGGUGUCACACCACCUCCACCAAACAUUUCAUCUUCACCACCUGCCACUCUGGCACAUCAGUCAUCAAGUUUUGCACCUUCACUAGCAUCUUUGCCUGCCUCACAAUCUCUCCUUGUCUCAAAUUUACCCAAGUCUCAUGAUUUAGCUUCUAAAGUAACCCAGCAUCCAUCCACCACAUCCACAUCAAUAGUACAAAGUAGCAAACUUUUAAAUGACAAAGACAGUAUACCUAUAUCUCAGACACAGCCCAUUCAUCUACCCAGCAAGGAGUUUUUACGCAGCACAAUAAAAGACUGCUUCUUGUCAGCCUCUUCACCUGCUACAGAAAGGAGUCUCAGCACGUCAAUAGAGGAAGAGUCUCUAACAUUAGACAGCAAAGUAGAGGAAAGUGCUACUUCUUCAGUACCAACACUUCCUGAAGAUAUCUUAAAAAUGUUUGUUGUAAAACCCGAGGACAAAAGUGAAACUAUUGCAGAUAAUAAAUCCAGUGAUAAAUUGGACACUUCUGUAAAUGAAAUUAAACCAGCUGCAAAGAAGCGAAUUAAAAUAACCAUUCCACAGUCUUCAGAGAAAAAGCGUAUGCCGGCACUCAACCCCAUACUUGAUGACCAGGAAUUGCUGUAAGAUACAUAUGUACUUUGGAGACUUAGAAACAAGUGUAUCCCAAUAAUUCAGAGCUCAUGAUGGAGUUUGCCAAAAUCAACAAAAUUCUGUAAGUUGUGUGAAUGUUUUUCCCCUUUGUUUUGUGCCUCUUUCAUCAGUAAUUGAUUUGCUAGGCUUCGAGUUUAUAAAUUGCUAAUUGCAACAAAAUUUAUUAAAGGAUGCAUUCAUACAAUUGCUUUACAAGAAAAUUACAGCUUUGGUAACAAAACCAAAACAAUUUAGGAUGAGAUAAAAUUACACACAAAAAGUACUAAUUGAGUGCAAUAGAUCAUUCCAAAUACAGAAGAUUAAUGCAAUGUGCAUGGCAAGUGUAUUGAAAUACUCGUAUGACUACUUGUACUUUAUAACUGUGUAUUGUCUUUUUAAUAAACUUGUAUCUUUACACAAAAA